UAAAGCGUGCAGAUAAUUGAAAGCGAAAACAAGUGAAAAGUGAUUAAACUUAAUAAUAUUUUUAAUAAAAUGAGUAAGCGGAAUAUCAGAAGAUUAAUUAAAAGGCAGACCGACGUUUAUAUCGAAACGUUAAGUGCUGGUGAAGGUAGUGGGAAUGUAACAGAAUCUGUGGAAGAGCCAAGUGCGCAGUCAGCAAUAGAUGCGCAACCAUUAGCUGAGGAGCUUGCGGAAGUAGGUGCAAAUAUAUAUAAAGAGAACAAUUUGCGAUCAAAAUUAAAAGAGUGGUACAUUAACAAUAGACCAUCGCGUAAGUGUUGCGAUGAUUUAUUAAAAAUAUUAAAAAGUGAAAAUUUAGAUGUGCCUCAAAGCGCUGAGGGCCUUCUUGCAAGCUGCAGGCAACGUGCUUUAAUUGAGAUAGUUCCUCCCGGUCAUUACUGUCACAUAGGGGUCAAAAAACUGUUGGAACAGUUGGCUAGAGCUAGAGAUAUACGCGAGUCAAUCCUUCUGGAUGUAAAUAUUGACGGCUUACCCCCCUACACAGAAGUUCGCGUACACAGAUUUGGCCAAUUUUGCUUAGGAUUGUUAAUUUGGAAAAUACUCCUAUUUUACCUGUAGGAAUUUACUUGGGCGCUAAGAAACUUGACUGUGUUGAAAGUUUUUUGUCUGCCUUUGUAGCCAUCAGAUGAAGAACAAAUAUUCAGCGUUAAUGAUAUAGAUGUUAAGUUGUUGGGUCUGCCACACGAUGGCCGCUUACUCAUGCUUCCAAUCUUACAUGGUUGUUGUUGAGUAUUCAAGUAUUUAACACCACUUUUCGCAGAUUCGUUUUUUUAAUAACAGAAAUAUAUACAAAAGGAUAAAAUCGCAAUGUCGUUUAAGAGGUUAAAAGUUCGUAGCGAUCUGCUUCCGCAAGCUACCAAUCCCACAAGUGAGUGCACCAGAUGCGUUAAUUUUCAAGAACAAUUUAAUGAAAUUAAAGAACGCGAAGAAAACUUGAAAUUAUCUAUGUUAGACAAGUUGGAGCAAAUCGAAAAAAACCACCUUUUACAAAACAAAGCUCUUAUGACAGUUUUGGCAGAACAUAAAAUUUUAAUCAGCAAGCUAAUUCGCCAGGAAUCUCUUGCUGCGCCCAUUGGCGACCUCUUUCCAAUUUGUACCGAUGAAGCUUUAGCCGCCGUAGAUGAAAAAAUAUUUCAGGACAACCGAGACAUUUACGUUUCCAUGAUGAGAAAACUUUUUCAGUAUUCCGCCCAUAAAAAUUUCAGAAACAUUCUCGCCGAGUCGAUGAUAAUACGAUAUAACAUAGACGGUACACAUGGAAAACAAAGCCUGAAGUCUUUUAAAAAAUUUUAUGCUGCGCUUUUAGAUGCCAUUUCGCAAUUACCAGGUGUUACUAAUCCAGAAGAGCAAUUGCGCCGUGCUUUCAGGGUUCAAAAAAAGCGCCACUUUAAAAAUGCAGCAACAGCAAAUAAUCAGUAAUUAAUUUCUGAACUGAAUAAUUAAUAUAACGCCUUAUUCACACUUUGGACUGAAUCCUUAAUAUAAUUAUAAGAAAAGAAAGUACAAACUUAAGUUAUUUACUGAAUUUUGGCAUAAGAGCUUAACGUAUAUUUGCAAGUUUAAAAUGUAAGCGUAUUUAUAAAACAAAAUUGGUUCGAAAAGAACGUACAUAUGUACAGUUGCGCUAAA